AUGGAGUCGCACGAGGAACCACCAAGUAAGCGGCGAUGCGACAAAGAACGUGUCCGGGUAACUCGCGCUUGCGAUUCCUGCAAGAAGAAGAAGUUACGUUGCACCGGCACUCUACCCUGCAACACUUGCCAGCGAACUGGCAAGACAUGUGAAUAUACAGCUGAUUACAAUAGGGGCAAACUGCCUCUAGUUCGGAUCGCCCAUCAGCCUGUGCAGGAGAGUAAUGGGCAACAACAGCAAUCAAGUUCUGCUGUGGAACCGGACAGGCUACCCCUUUUGCCUCAGUCUCGGCUUGCUCAAUCUUGCAAUAUGACGGAUAUCAAUAAUUCGGCUGAUAAUCCACCAUCUCGCGCCUCUCUCGAGCCCCAUCAAACAGACUUGGAGGGGCACUAUGUCGGCCCUUCCUCCGGGGUUUCGUUCCUAAUUAGAGCGCAAAAAAGACUAUAUAAAUAUUUGUCGCUGCCCAUUAACACACCAAUAUUUACAUUUGGGGACUCUCCGUUGCCAGAGGUUGACUCGGGCUUUAUGCUACUACCCCCAAGAAACGAAGCCAACGCACUCGUGGCGCGAUAUUUUGAUUUUGCGUUCCCCACACAUCGGUUCCUUCACCAACAACAGGUCGAGGGUUGGGUCGAUGAAUUCUAUAGCUCCAUGCUAGGGUCUGAGGCUCCAAGCUUCGGUAUGCGGGGGAAACGAGCUGUGAUUUUGAUGGUUUUCGCUCAAGCACGGCAAUGCCCGCCAGAAUCGGAUCAAAAUUCAACCAGCUUUUCAAAUAAUAGUGCGGCCUAUUUUGCGGCCUCGGAAAAACAGCUCAACGCGGAGACGGGCCCUGUCCGAUUGACGAGUGUUCAGGCACGGCUGGCUCAAUGCUUCUAUCUUCUGUCCCAGUCCCGCAUCAAUCACUGUUGGAGUUUAUUCGGGACAACGGCUCGACUUGCCAUGGCCAUUGGCCUACAUCGCACCCGGAAGCGUGAAAUGGGAGCUAGCGUCGAUCAUAUUGACUUUGAAUGUCGAAAGCGCGUUUUUUGGUGCGCAUAUAGCUUGGACAAUUAUCUCAGUGCUGCCUUAGGCCGCCCACGUAUAUUUCAUGACGAUGACAUUGACCAAGACUUUCCCACUGUCGCUGAUGACUCGCGCAUCCUCAGAGAGCAGAUUCUUCCGCCGACAUCAAAUGCACAAAGUGUAAUGCUCGCUCCCUUAUACCAUGCCAAAUUGUCCGUCAUCAUUGGCAGUAUAUUACAUGAUGUUUACGGACCUCAUAGAGCAAGCUCUCAAUCAGAAGCAUCAGCUGCCGCUCAACAUGGUGCGGAUCUCAACAGCUGGCGUGAAGAAAUUUCCAGCUUUCUUGACUCUUCGAAUGUUGACCUUUUAAUUUUGAUAUAUCAACGCCAAUAUACAGUACUAAAUUUAGCUUUCUACCACGCGCAGAUUCUGCUCUAUCGACCAUUCAUUAUAAAAUCCUUUGGCGCUUUCGUUGAUCGAGAGAAACCACGAAAAAAUUUUCAAACCGAAUCCGUGAACCAAUACAUUAAUGUUUGUCUUACGGCUGCCACGAAGAUUGCCGCGAUGAUUCGUGAACUUGUUGAGAAUUGCCGAAUGUACAGUACAUUCUGGGUAAGAAAGUAUACUUACGCAGUCCUCGAAUCAGAUGCUGAUACGAGCACACAGUUUACGCAUUAUUAUGGAUUUUCAGCCAUCAUGGUCUUGUAUGUGCGAGUUAUUCAGCUGGCUGCACAGAAACGGAGUUUGGAGGAAGUUUCCAAAUAUCUACAAAUUGGAGAGCAAGCUCAACGGGAUUUGGCUAGUUGUGGCUCUAGAUCCUCCUUCGCGCGACGCUACGUCGUUGUCCUGGAGGAGCUUCGCCUGGAGGCUCGAGCUGCGGCAAAUCAGAAUGAUAACUCUCGAGUACUAAAUACUAUCAGAGAUAACACGCCAACCUUUUCUCAUACGAUAUCGGAGAUUGGUAGUUUGACCCGACAUGAUGGCGUUCAGUUGGAAGAAUUCGAGAGUGUCAACGGCCCACUGCACGCCAACAAAGAAAUUGGUGUAGAUUGCCGCAUUGAAGAAACUGGCGGGCUACAGGGAACUAAUUUGAUGAUCCCUCCUUCGAUGCAGUCUAAUUCCUCACAAUGGUUAGAAGGCGGCCUGGAGGUUACUUUUCCUAUGACUGGAUUACCUGAACUCGCAGACUGGGAACAUCUUGAUUCCUUGGCUGUCGCCGGGAUGGGGGAAUUGGACUUUCUUUUCUCUCAUGACGUGGAACGAAGAAACUGA